CACACAGACUGCUGGGAGCGCUGCAGAGUUUGUUGUACCUCGAAAAGAAAGAGAUGAGAUGCUCCCAUGGACCCGAGUGAUGUGAGCUAUUGUUAAGGGAGGGAAUAUUCUCCUAUUCAGGGGUGCUCAUUAGGUUUUGUAUGCUGGGAAUAAGGGGAUAUGCGGUGGGUUUUGCAGUUAUUUUUCUGAUAGGUUUUAGUGGCUGAAGUUUUAAUCUUUGCAAAGUUUAUGAGAGCAUGUUUUAGCCCUUAGUGCAAAAUUUUUUUUAAAUAAUAAAUAUAAAUAAUAUAGGCAAAUAACUGCAAGGGGUAUUCUUCAUAUUGGUCACUAAUUCAGAAUCCAGCAUGGUCACCAUAAUCCUAGUCUAGUGCAGUGACAGGCAGCUUUAGCACUCCAGGUUUGUUUUUGUGAACUCUAUAGGACAACUAGUUUUUAAACUUUUGGGGUGCCAGAGUUAGCCAUCACUGCUGCUGUGACAAGCAGAUCAGAACUAUUUUGCCCACAUUUGUUUUUACUUCAAAGUUUUUGUGCUGAAAAUAACACUAUAAACAACGAUAACAUUAUAAUCACUAAUGUAAAUGGAUAAACACAUGCAAGAGUAGAACUACAUAUUAUAUAAAUAACAUAAUGGGGAGUGGAAACUGUGUUCCUUCCAGAUUACAGUUUAAGUGAAAAAGAGAUAGUAAAAUACAAUUUUAAAUAAUUUAACAUGUUGCCUGCAUACCCAUGUCUCUAACAUGAGAGUUUUCUGAAAGCGGUGCAAAAAUGUAAAAUUGGAGUUGAUGUCAGUGAAAAGAUGCCUGCUGGUUCCACUGUUUUCUAUGGUGAUUGCCCCACAUUCUAGUACUUUUCAGAAAAUAAACAUACAAAAUUAAACCCUGAGUUCAAACUCACACUACUCCUGGGCGGCUGCAAUGACUAUAGUACACAUCAGCCCCAAUACAUACAAUAAAAAAAAAAAGUUACUUGCACACUAUCCUAAAUACCUAAAACUGGAGUUUUUUUUUUAGAAUCACUCCAAUGGCCAUUAAAGUGUAAGCUCACCUGCCAAAUCCAGGCUAAACCUCUUAGGUGAGUCCUACUCUAACAAUUCACUGUGCUUCUUUAUCCUAAAAGGCAAAGCCUCUGAGACAGAGAUGGUUAUUUUCCUAUACCCCUACACAAUCAUUAACACUUAAAAGGGAACACAUGGGGUGGGUGACAGCACCGUAACAUGGCUGCAUAACACAAAAGCGAAUAUAAAAUUAGGCCUUGAGCUCAAAUCCCACAUUUUAGAACAUGCUUUUAAAAAAAAAAAAAUAUAUACUUUAACCCCCUGUUUUUUGGCCCAUCACAAACUAUUUGAUCAUUUGGGCACUUCAUUAGUUAACUUCAAACAAUUUUUUUUCCUAAUUUUAAAUGCACUAACCCAGGCAUCUCAAACUCUUGCCCCCAAGUGUGGCUUGAAAUUCCUGCACUAAACCAAUACUGCCUCUCAAGUUAACUCCCUUCUGUCUCAUUGUGGCUGUAGGCACUGUAUUAAUUUGAAAAUACUCCUACACUAGUAAAUGGCUGUUUAGGAAAUACACAUUUAUGCACCCACUGUGUUCUGCACUACCACAACUUACUUUGCCUUCUCACUAGAAAACCAAAACCUCAACCCCCUUUCUUUAACUCUGUCAAAAUCUGUACAUUUUGUGAGUAGAUUCAUGGUGUUUAAACCAAAUCAUCACCCUUCCAUCUGCAUGACAUAACAAAUUGAUCAUUGUCAUGCAUAGUAUUUUGUCUAGUUUUGUUGUACCUGUGCCCAUUGUAGUCUCUUCACUGUCCUUGGCUGACAGGUGUAAAAGGAAUGUGGUUUUCUGCUGCUUUGGCUAAUCCACAGCAAGGUUUGACAUGUGGCAUAAUGACGUAGUGUUCAUCAGAGCGCUGUUCUAAUGCAUGUUUAUUUCCGUAUCAAUCACUUUGCCAACCUGUCUUGUCAUUCUCCUCUGGUCUCUAAUUUACUAGACAUUUCUCUUCAUAGAACUGCUACUCACAUUUCUUCACUAUUCUCUGUAAUCUCUAUGGCCUAUUGUGGGUCAAAAUUCCAGAAGAUAAGCAGUUUCGGAGAUGCUGAAACCACAUCACCUGGCAAAUAAAAUUACUAAAUACCAUACCAUUUUAAAGUAGGAAAUUAAAAGCCUAGUUUCAUAUCACAAAAAAAAAAUAUUAAAACAUACUUGAGCUAAAUACAAUAUCUUAGCAUGUAUCAUAGUAUACAUAUAUAAAAUAUGCUCAUAAUACUCUGUCCUAAAUAGUUUAUUUUGUCCUUUCGUAGGUAAGGUCGUAGAGAUCACUUUAUAAUGGAUCAUAUUUAUUAUUUUUUUCUUUUCAUUUCAUUCUCACACUAGGUACAUUAAGCUCAAUGGGCAAAGUCUGACGUUUAUAAUAAUCAGAUCGUUAUUGCGGAGAUAAUUUUGUCAAUAUAUUUAGAUCACUUUUGAAGACUUUGCACAUAUGAACUAGACUGAUGUGGGAGGUUUGGUGCAUUAGACAUAUGGUUUCUAUCGAUUACUCAACUUUCAAAAGGUUUGUCAACCUAAUUGUAAUAUUAAAUUAUUUGAAAAAGUGUUGGCAUCUCUGAUGAAACCCCUCAUAGUUUCUUUGCCCAUAGCUUAAGAGUUGGAGUUUCCUUUAAAGACUAGUCAUAUAAAUAAUUUAUUGUUGUACAGCAGUGGUUCACCGCAAUAUUCCGUUAGAUGCUAAGGUUCUUGAAAUAUGCAAUGUUUACAUGACCAAAACAUUUUUACCUACUUCACAGUACCAACCCUUGGCCUGAUGGGUCCAAAGGUACAGCAACCGAGGUCUGAGGAGACCACCGUGCGUGUGGCUAUUAGGGUUCGGCCCUUGUUGCCAAAGGAAGUACUUCAUGGACAGCAGACCUGUGUACGGACAGAUGAAGAUCAGAAGAAACUGACUUUGGGCACAAACAAACAUUUCCUGUUUCAGGAUGUGCUGGAUGGCACUUGUGACCAGGAGGCAGUGUACAGCUUGUGUGUACAACCUCUGCUUGAAGCUUUCUUUCAAGGCUUCAAUGCAACUGUGGUUGCCUAUGGUCAGACCGGCUCAGGAAAGACCUACACCAUUGGGGAAGCAAGUAUAUGUAAGUGUUUGUGAAGUUUUUAUAUGACUGUAGCAGGUGUCUUUUGUAGCAUGUCGUUUUUAAAAUUUGAUUUUGUGAAUAUUAGCUUUGACAAACACCACACCUAAAAUGUGAAGAUUAUGCGUAUUAGUUUUCAUUCUAUUUAAAUUAAAAAAUCGUUGUCAGUCAUAGACAGUGCCAGGUCUGUUGAUGGAAUUGAAGUCAUCCAAUGAAAUUGCAUUCAGUGUUGUUAAUGAUUUUGGGGCAGGAAUUCUUGCUCCUGAACCUGCUGAAAAAUAUGAGUGCCUUUCCUCACACAUGCGCAUUGUUUCUGGUUUGAAACUGUUUUUUUUUUUUUUUUUGAGGGACACUAGUCACCAGAACAACUACAGUAGAAUAAUUCCUUUCAGGCUUUGUGCAGUAAACACUGUCUUUUCAGAGAAAAGGCAGUGUUUACAUUACAGCUCAGGGAUACCUCCACUGGCCACUCCUCAGAUGGCUAUUAGAAGUGCUUCCUAGAGCAGUGCUACACAGAGUGCAGCACUGCCAUUCAGUGUCUCCACCCUCUGCAUGGAGACACUUAGCUUUUCUCUUAGAGAUGCAUUGAUUCAAUGCAUCUCUCUGAGGAGCUGCUGAUUGGCCAGGGCUGUGUUUUUCUUGUGCUGGCUCUGCCCCUGAUCUACCUCCUUGGUAAUAUCAGCUAAUCCAAUGCUUUCUUAUGGGAAAGCACUGUGAUUGGCUUUGAUCAACACUUUCGAUGAUGUCAACCAAGCAGGCAGAUCAGGGGCAGAGCCAGCAGCAGACUGGAAUAAAGGUAAUAUUGUACUAUAUUUAGGGAGGAAAAGGGGAGGGGAGCGUGCAGGGGGGGCUACAUUGUGGUUUUAACACUUUAGGAUCAGGAAUACAUGUUGUUUUUGUUCCUUACCCUAUAGUGUUUCUUUAACUUAAUUGUGUGGUAACAUAUGCAGUAGAGGUCAUUUGUAUCAAAUGUCUUUCAUGCCUUAGCAAAACGGAGUAAAGGUUUUUAAAUACCUCCUUAAUAUAUUUCACUCCAAGAAAAACUAGAUAUUCCUGCAGCAUUUAUAGUGAUGUGGAGUGUAUUAGAGGAAAAUAUAAAUAAAUGCAUCUUUACAGCACUUCUCCGGAUGCUCUGGGCAUUAUAAAAGAAAUGCCAGGGUGCAUGUAGGUUGAGUCAUUCCUUUAUGGUGCCAUAAAUGUGAAUGCAGCCUCACAGGGCCAUUCGCCAAGCAUUGUGGGGUCAAUGAUUACAUCAGCGAGGAGUGUUUCUUAACUAGCUAAAUAUUUAGUAAAUGAAAGUGUUUAAAAAAAGCCUCUUUUUAUAGUCUUAUUUCUUUUCCACUAUUCUUUUAGCUUCCAUCUCUGAAGAUGAGCAAGGAAUUAUUCCUCGUGCUAUGGCUGAAAUUUUCAAGCUUGUUGAUGAAAAUGAUCUUAUUGACUACACUAUACGUGUUUCAUACCUGGAAGUGUACAAGGAGGAAUUCAAAGAUCUUCUUGAAAUGCAAACAUCCAGUAAGGACAUUCUCAUACGAGAGGAUGAUAAGGGAAAUAUUGGUAAGAAUUCUGAUAUCUGACUUUUUUAGUGUGAUGAUUUAUUUAUUUGUAAACUAUAUUGAGGUUUUUCUCCUUUUUAAGUAUAUCUUGGAAUGAGCAUACACAUGCAUUGUUAUAUAUAUAAUAGAAAUCAUAGAAGCAGAGUUUUUUUUCAGGGACUUUAGAUCGGUGGCAGAUUUCAUAUUAUCUGGCAGGUUAUACCAUGUAUGUGGAUUAUGAAAGCUGCUCUCCUGGCUUAUUUUUUUUGAUUUGUGUUGAAUAGAGAAAAUAUGGAGUGAAGGCAGCAUAAAUUUAUAUAUUGCUCAAGUAGCAUGGUUCCAGAUAAGUGGUCAUGAACCCAUCUGCCAGUGUAGUUGUUUCAGAUUAUCACAAUGAAGGGUACUGUAUUUACAUUGGAUAACAAAAUGACAUAACGGAUUAUGCAAAAUGUUUGGUGAGAUAUCUUUGUGGUGCAGAUACAUUUAUAUCUAACAUUGCUGCACAAUCUAUUUUUCUUUUCUUUUUUUUUCUUUUAAAUUUGUAUUUUAUUUGGUUUUGUACACAAAGUAUACACUUUUCCAUUAUAUGUGUUAUUAUAUUAUUAUAUGGGUUAGAACAGGUUCAAAUAAAAUUUUGUUGGGCUACAUGCAUAAUAACAAUCACAAUGUCAGAGAUCCUUUACUGUGGCCUGGUAAAGAAACAAUUUGUACAUUUCUACCUUUCAACGGAGAUCCCCCUUUAAAGGGGUUGCUUAAUUUUCAAGGCUGCUUGAUUUUAACAAUCUUUCCGGCUUAUCCUAUAUGCGUGGAGUCAGGUAUUUAGGGUAAUAGCAUGGAGUGCUGGGUUAGGAGUAACAGGAAUAGUAAGAAACUUUCCCGGACCAUAUAAGCUUAUAUAUAUAUAUAUAUAUAUAAAAAAAACUAUCAACAUCCCCUGCACUCACGCUUGAAGUAUUCCAAAUGCCGGGCGCACCACCAAAGCUCCAAUAGGUAUAACUUCCACAAGAAAAGGCUGCUCUCCGGACUUAAAAUUGCAUAUAUAUAUAUGCAAAACAUUAUUAUAAUGGUUAAAUAUUGCGUUGCUCAUUCUGCUUUCUGUGUCCAUUGGCUAAUAUGCCUAGUUUUUUGAGGAAUGUCUCUGAAUCGUCUCCCGAGGUUAGGGUGAGUACGUCGGUGCCCUUUUGUACUGUUAGCGAUCCCUCUGUGCCCCAUCGGUACCGGACCGAUUGUUCUCUCAGUCUCUUAGUGACCGGUGCUAGUAGUCUCCUUGCGGCAAGCACAGCAAACGGGAGGUCACUGUAUAUGGCCACCUCGCAUCCCUCAAAUUUUACCGACCCCAAUGGUCUGGAUCCGGCCAUGAUGGUAGCUCUCGCAGCUACGUCCCUGGUGGUAGCUAUUGUGUCUCUGGGGGCACCCUUGGGUGCCGCUGGUGAUUUGCGCACCCUGAAGGCGGACAGAAUCAGUGGGGUGUCUGAAUUACACCUGAGGCCCAUGGAGGAGGUGAGUCUCCGGACAAAGGGCAGUAAGUCUUCACCGCUCACCGUUUCAGGGAUACCUCUGAGGCGUAUGUUGCAGCGGCGGUGUCUGGUUUCCAGUGUCACCACCGCUCCUUGUAGGCGUCAGACCUGCUCCUUAAGAUCAUCCAGUUGCAGUUUGGUGUCUUGGAGUUGGUGGUCUCUGGAGCUUUCUCUGUUCUCCACCUCCUGGACUCUCUGUUGCAAGACCCCUAUUUCAGCACGUGUCUCCUUUAAGUCUGCCUUCCAGACCUGCCUUAGGUCGAUCAGCAGCUUUCUGAUGUCACCCUUUGUUGAUGGGGAGUCAUUCUCCUCCGAGUCAGACCUGGGAGUGGGGCCCGGGAGGGAGGCUUGGGAGUCCCUCUCUUCCUGGGAGUCGUCAGAGGUCUCUAUCUCACUCUGCGGUUCCGGCGCCAUCUUGGCGGGCCGCGCUUGUGUAGGCCUCUGGAAUGCCAGCCUGAUGUCGGGUGCCGCGGGUCGCUCCGUGUAGGUUUGUUUUUUGUGUUUGCGCCCCAUGUUGUCGGCUGUCGGGUGGCAGGUAAGCUGUGCGUUUUUGGAGCUGAUUUCUCCUCUUUAAGGCUCUUAGUCUGUGGGGCCGAUGCAGAGCUCCACAGACAUGCGACUGUUCAGCUCCGUAGUCGGCCACGCCCCCUAAUUUUCACAAUCUAUUUUUCUGAUGACGUUAUCCAAGCAGGCUUUCUUCAGUACAAUGAGCCAAGUUUGGAAGAAUGUUUCUCAGUGUGGAUGAGUAGAAGACACUGUCUGCAGUGGACAUGAAUAUCUACCCAAUUGCUUAUGUUCACAUUUUUCUAGGUCUUUUGAUAGUACCGGGGAUAGAAAUAUUAGUUUGUUUUUGGACAUGAACUUGGUAUCACUGUUUAUAUGGAAAGGAACAACUCCUCCAGAGUUUAGGUAGCUAUCAAGAGAAGAGGGAUUCUUUAACUAAGAAAAAUUAGAUGGGUUUGCAGAGCUUUCGGUAACAUGCCUGGAAGCUGGUCAGGCCUAGCAUUUGAUUUAAUUCUAAGAUUUUGGGUUUGAUGUCAUAUAUUGUUUUUAUGAGACCUGGAUUAAAUGUCUGUCUGAUGUACUGUUCUGUAUUUCUAUUGCAGUGCUGUACGGUGUAAAGGAAACUGAAGUGGAGGGACUGGAUGAGGUGCUCAGUCUUCUGGAAAUGGGAAAUACAGCUAAACAUACUGGAGCCACUCAAGUUAAUGCCCGUUCAAGCCGUUCACAUACAAUCUUCACUGUCACUAUGGAACAGAGGAGGGUUGUUGGGCGUUUUACGAGAAUGGCUACUGGGGAUGAUAAUUGUUUAGAAAUUGGCCAAGUUCUGUCCUCCAAAUUCCACUUUGUAGAUCUGGCAGGUUCUGAACGAAUAUUGAAAACAGGCAACACUGGAGAGAGACUAAAAGAAAGCAUUCAAAUUAACUCAGGCCUGCUGGCCCUUGGUAAUGUAAUCAGUGCCUUAGGAGACCCAAAACGGAAGAGUACCCACAUCCCUUACAGAGACUCAAAGAUCACAAGGUAUCAAUCUAUUGAACAUGUGCUAUAAUGUUGUAGCAUCUACUUUCUUUUGUAAAUGUUUUGUAUUUCUAGUUAAUUCAAUUACUCUUUAAAGAAGGGCUCAAAAUAUCCAGUAGCCAUUGGUAAGGGAAAAGGUAUCCCUGGCGAGUCUAAAUCUAUCCCUGGGGAGUGUGCCAUGGACCCUCAAUGCUUGCAGUGGCAAGGCCUGGCUAAUGACAUAGGACUUGAUAUUGUAAUCCCUUUUUUAAAGUGUACAGAAAUUUGGAGUUGGCAAGGUAAGGUGUGGUACAGCAUUUAAUCUAUACAUUGUCAUGUUGAACUGUGGCUGUGACUAAUUUACUGCUAAACAGGAGUUUAUUGGGUAAGAAAAGAAAAAAAUGAAAUUACAGGCUCCUGAUUAGUGUAACAUCUUCCUGGUCUUGAAGGGAUAUGACAGCUGCAACAUUUACAAGAAUGAUGGUUUAAUCAACUUAAAAUGAUGGGGUUUUUUUUUGUUUGUUUUGUUUUUUUAAAUUAAAGAAAAAUAAAGUAAAAUAAAUUUUACUCCAACACUUUGUAAAUAAACUUUUUUUUAAAAUUUACAAUGCCCUAUUCGGCAUUAGUAAUUACAGCCUCAUCCCCCUUCCUAUAAACCUGUAAAAUAAGACUUAACUUACCUGGGACCCAGUGCCAGGCAAAGCUCCCCCCGCUACUACUUCCCAUAUCGAUGGUCCAGUCAAAUACUAGAGAGUGCCUGCAAUGGAAGGUUGCUUAUUUCUUCCACCAUGUGCUCCCUCUAUUGUCGGAACAGUUUUGUUUUUGUUUUUUAAAUCCCCACUUACUUCCUCCCUUGCCAGCUCAGAGCAUGCGCUCUUAGCUGGCAAAAUGGUUCAAUCACAUGCUUCUCUAUGUGGAGACUGUGGGUGGACCUUGCUUGACUGUUCUGAUAUCACAAAGAGGAGUGGAAAGAGGCGCUGGGAGUGUGACCUGGUUCUUGAUUCCAGGUAAGUAUUAACUUUAUUUUUAACAUAUUUUUAAGUAAGGGGGUGGGGGGACCUAAUGUAUAAUGCCCUAUAUGACCACUGAAAGACAGAGAAUGGAAAAAAAGAGUCAGAGUAACCCAUUAAUCAUCCCUGAAAUUAAGCUAUGUUUUAAUGAUCUAUGGCUUCUUUUUCUAAAGUCAUGCAUCUGCAUGCAACAUAUAGACAGCAAUAUUUAGAUCUGUGUUUACAUUUCACUAUAAUUUCAAUUUAAUUUACCAGUUACAUUCCAGAUGUAGUAGGUAUGCCUUCCUAGUAUUUGUCUUUUUAACUCUUUCAGUGUUUUGUAGGAUAUUGAAGGAUUCUCUUGGUGGAAAUGCAAAGACCGUUAUGAUUGCUUGCAUAAGCCCAUCAGCAGCAGACUUUGAUGAAACUUUAAACACUCUGAACUAUGCAAGUCGCGCUCAGAAUAUUAAAAACAAAGCUACUGUCAACUGUAAUAAAGAAGCAGAGUGUGUGGAAAACCUGCAGCUUCAAAUUAAAUCUCUCCAGCGUGCCCUAGAACAAAGGCACCGAUCAGAAACCCGAAUACUAAACAGAUCUGAUGCUCCAAAGACUUUGUCCCGACGUCCUAUGGAGGACCAUGUGACCCGUUUACUAGCAGAAUGUGCACAUUAUAGAACAUGCACUGACACUGGUUAUAUCCUUUUUAUGGAACUCCUGUCAGAAGGAUGCCUAUCUCCCUCCCAAGUCCUGAGGGCUAAGGAUUGGAUGUGUUCAGUAGAAGAGGAAAGGAGUGAAGUGACCUCAGCCUCAGGACUGGACAGUGGGAUUGAAAGUUCCACUGUUGAGGAAGCCACAAAGGACCCAGCCAGGAGGCAAGCAAAGAGCAAGGUAAUGGCUGAAUGUUUAUGUGGCCAACAGGCAUGUUUAUAGAGUCAUUAAAUGUAAUAUAGGUAGUUGGAGCUCUUUGCAGCUCGUUUUUUGAGUGUUUUAUGAGGAAUAUAUUAAAGUAUAUGAGGGGGCAAAUGUUAAAGUUCUGAACCAAAACAAAACUUAGACUUUGAGCUAUAUGCUUAUUCAACCAUAAUGUACCACUUUCAUAUUAAAGGGACACUAUAGCUACAAAAAAACUUUAAAUAAAUGAAAAAGCAGUUUUGUGCAUAGAUCAUGCUCAUUCAAUCUCAUUGCUCAAUUCUCUACCAUUUAAGGAGUAACUCUCCCACCCAAAGAAUAAAAUUAAUGACUUAGUAUAAAAACACUGCAAUCAGCACUAAAAGAGUGUUUAUUUUUUUUUAAGAGCAAAAUGUGGGGUAUGAAAAAAACGUCAGGGUAGGUAAGAUAAAACAUUAGAAAGAGCUAGAUUAAGAAAAAAUAGUCAGAUUUUAACACAAAUUUUUUUAAAUCUGCCCUAUCCCCCCCCCCCCAAUCCAAAAAUAAUCCAAGCGCUACUAGUGUACUGAUCACUCUGACCAUAGUAUUAGCAGUGUGAUAAGCAAUAAAAGGGUUAAAGAGAAUGUUGUUUUUUAAUUUUCAAACACAAAAAUUCUGGAAUACGUCCAAAAAAUGUUCUGCCCCUUGCCUCAGAUCAUGGUGAGGGAAGAGAGAGGCAGAAUAAAAUAUCACAGCCCAUGAUAGAAAUUGGCUGCAUCAUUGUAUCAAUGUAACAGGCUGUAACCGUGAUCACAUGACUUCAAUCACAACUAAUUGGCUGAUGGAGGACUGCCUGGGUUGCCAAGCAGUCUCUCUGAUCACAUACGGAGUGGUGAGUAUUUCUUUGGGGGGAAUUUGGGAGCACAGACAUUAGGACGUGUUUUACGACCCUAAUAUUGGUAAAGUCCAUGCCGUUCAGGAUGUAUUGACACGUCCUAAUGGUAGGAACGGGUUAAAGAAGCUCUGUCACUAAAAAAAAAAAACUUUCUAAUCUGCUUCUAUGUAGCUCUGUGUCUGAAUCAGUUUUUUUUUCCCUCUGUGCUUUCAUAAAAUACAUAAAGAAAAAUAGGAACAAUUAAUUUUUUUAUUUUUAUGCAUAGUAGUCAGGUUGACAAAACUUUACAAUAAGUGGGGCUUAAAGCUUAAGGCUCUGUUUUAGUUGCCAAUCAAAUGUACCCACAAUCCGUCAUAAAAUUAAUCCCACAGAAUGGCAAACAGCAGACAUGAUGGACAGAGGAGAACAAAAUGGCCACAUCCAAAUAAAAGAUAAUCUAGAUAAAGGAAAGUGGCAAGGAGGGGAGUAUAAUCAUCGUGGCGGAGCUCCAAUACUCGACCAGAGUAUUUCCACCAAAGCCUCUCUUCUUUUCCCACAGAGUAUUCAGUGAUAAAUUGCAGUCCAUCCAAACAUCAGUUGAGACUUGACGAAAGGUGAAAAAGGAAUACUUUAUUGGGUUUCAAUGCACAUAUUUAUAGACAGAAUCCCUGUAGGGGGGAUCGUUAACUAAAACAAUGCAGAUCUCACCUCUGUGUCUGGGAGAUAACUAUGUCAAGUAUCGCUAAUCUAAAUAACUUCCAGAAAACAGGGGGGCCUUAACAGAAUAUCUCCAAAAACAUACUUUUAAACAUCAGUGUACCCUACGUACAAAGUAUCCCUGAAUUGCUCAUACCUAGUGCCCUAACUGGUACAAAAGCGCCUUCAUACUAUGUACAAUGUAGAAUUGCCUUCCGGUUAAAGGUAUGACCAACCACUGCUGAGUUCCGAUCAGAAAAAUAGUUCCAUGUGGCCGGGCCCGAGUUGCCAGGUUUUUGUCUGAGCAUAUACCCGACAUAGAUAGGAGACCAAGUAAUCAGAUUUCAGGGUGCUUUGUUUGGUAGUGUCUGUUAACAGAUGAGGGGGGGUGGGGAGGAAAGGAAAGAAAAGAAAAACACAUGACAGAUCCACUUUAAUAACAAUUGUGAGCAGGCUAUUAUCCUGUUAAUAUUGACAAUACAUCUAUGAUUCGUGGGUGCAAAUUGAAAUUUGAGUCCUUUUUUUAAUAAAGCAAACUAUAGAGCAGUUACAUCUUCAGUACCCUCCAAAAUGUACAAGUGCAGAUAUAUUUAUUUUUACAUUACAUUGCCAAUGCCUACAGAGUCUUUACACAAACACACCAACUUUACACACUUCUGACUUUACACACACACACACACACACACACACACACACACUUGAAGAGGCAAAAACACUUGGUACAGGUGACAUAAUGGGUUCACAAAGUAAAGCUAAUUUAUUUGCAGAGCACUAGUUAGCAACACCGCACCCCUUCCAUGGUGAAAAUGAGGAGAUUGUCACAAUGAAGGGGUACUAUUUCUGAAAUCUUUAUGGUGUUCACAGAUGCUUUUUAUAUAAAUGGUAUAUCACUUGUGUGCCAAGCAUGUCAUGUGCACCGUGUAAUUAUUUUUAACCACUAAUGAUACUUCAGUUGCAUGCUUUUUGUUGUGGUGCUCCAGGUCAGGGAGUAUUAACCCCUUAAUGACCAAACUUCUGGAAUAAAAGGGAAUCAUGACAUGUCACACAUGUCAUGUGUCCUUAAGAGGUUAAAGGAAUAACUGGUUUGUUUUCCUGGCACUGGAGAGUCCCUUUAAAUGAUUUAGUUGUUUUUUUUUUUGUUUUUUUUCUUUUUUCUUAAAGGGACACUAUAGUCACCUGAACAACUUCAGCUUAAUGAGGUUGUUCAGGUGAGAACUAUAGCUCCCUGCAGCCUUUCUCAUGUAAACACUGUAUUUUUGUCUGAGAAAAUACAGUGUUUACAUUGAAAGCUAGGAACACCUCCAGUUGCAGUCACUCAGAGUGAACCAGAGGGACUUCUGAGUUGAUGGAGGCAUAAUAUGCCUCCAUCCACUCAGAUCUGCUGUGCACGAGCAUUCUGUGAUUCAGUAUCUCCUCCCACUGCAUGCAGACACUGAACUUUCCUCAUAGAGAUUCAUUGAUUAAAUUCAUCUCUACGAGGAGAUGCUGAUUGGCCAGGGCUGUGUUUGAAUCAUGCUGGCUCUAACCCUGAUCUGCCUCCUUGUCAGUCUUAGCCAAUCCUAUGGGGAAGACUGCUUGUUUUUCCUGCAGACAGCAUGCAGAUUUACAGCUUCUGGCUUGAAUACAGUAAGAUUUUUACUAUAUUUAUGGAGGCAUGGAGGGCCCAGGGGGCUAGAUGGUCACGUUAACACUAUAGGAUUAGGAAUACAUGUUUGUGUUCCUGACCUUAUAGCAGUGAUGGCGAACCAAUGGCUUUUUGAGCCAGAGUGCCCAAACCGCAAUACAUGCCAACUUUUGUUUCCUCAAAGUGCCAACACGGCAAUUAAACCUGUAUACUGAGGUUUAAAUUUAGAAAAAAUAACUCGUACAGUUGUCCGAACUAAUUAACAACUUUUGUUUUAAAAGACGAACACAACAGAGAGUUCAAUGAUACAAAUUUUAAAUAAUGAUAUAAAUAGAUAAAUUUAAGCUUAUAUUUAUUAGUAUCUCCAACAAAUGCAAUACAUACACAGACAGAUUGCUGAAUACAUACACAGAGACUGCUGAAUACAUACACAGACAGACUGCUGAAUACAUACACAGACAGACUGCUGAAUACAUACACAGACUGACUGCUGAAUACAUACACAGACUGACUGCUGAAUACAUACACAGACUGACUGCUGAAUACAUACACAGACUGACUGCUGAAUACAUACACAGACUGACUGCUGAAUACAUACACACACAGUCUGCUGAAUACAUACACACACACAGACUGCUGAAUACAUACAGAAACACAGACUGCUGAAUACAUACACACACACAGACUGCUGAAUACAUACACAGUUGUCCGAACUAAUUAACAACUUUUGUUUUAAAAGACGAACACAACAGAAGAGUUCAAUGAUACAAAUUUUAAAUAAUGAUAUAAAUAGAUAAAUUUAAGCUUAUAUUUAUUAGUAUCUCCAACAAAUGCAAUACAUACACAGACUGCUGAAUACAUACACAGACAGACUGCUGAAUACACAUACACACAGUCUGCUGAGUACACACACACACACAGUCUGCUGAAUACACACACACAGUCUGCUAAAUACACACAGACUGCUGAAUACAUACACACACACAGACUGCUGAAUACACACAGAAACACAGACUGCUGAAUACAUACACACACACAGACUGCUGAAUACAUACACACACACAGACUGCUGAAUACAUACACACACAGUCUGCUGAAUACAUACACACACACAGACUGCUGAAUACACACAGAAACACAGACUGCUGAAUACAUACACACACACAGACUGCUGAAUACACACAGAAACACAGACUGCUGAAUACAUACACACACACAGACUGCUGAAUACAUACACACACACAGACUGCUGAAUACAUACAAACACACAGACUGCUGAAUACAUACACACACACAGACUGCUGAAUACAUACACACACACAGACUGCUGAAUACAUACACACACACAGACUGCUGAAUACACACACACACAGACCAGUUGAAUACAUACACACACACAGACCGCUGAAUACAUACACACACACAGACUGCUGACACACACACACAGACCGUUGAAUACAUACACACACACAGACUGAAUACACACACACAGACCGCUGAAUACAUACACACACACAGACCGGCUGAAUACAUACACACACACAGACCAGUUGAAUACACACACAGACACACAGACCGUUGAAUACACACACACACACAGACCAAGCCGAAUACACACACACCAUCAGCACAGACCAGCUGAAUACACACACACACAGACUGAAUACAUACACACACAGACUGCUGAAUACAUACACACACACAGACUGCCGAAUACAUACACACACUGACCGCUGAAUACAUACACACACAGACUGCUGAAUACAUACACACACACAGACCGCUGAAUACACACACACACACAGACCGCUGAAUACAUACACACACACAGACCGCCGAAUAUGACACACACACAGACCGCUGAAUACAUACACACACACAGACUGCUGAAUACAUACACACACACAGACUGCUGAAUACAUACACACACACACAGAUCAGUUGAAUACAUACACACACACACACACAGACUAAUUAACACACACACACACACACACAGACCACCAACACACACACACACACACAGACUGUUGACAUACACACACAGACUGCUGAUCACAUACACAAGCUGAACAUGAUACACACACACACAGACCGCUGAAUUAUAUAACACACACACAUACUACUAAAUACAUACACACACACACACACAGACUACUAAAUACAUACACACACAGACUACUGAAUACACACACACACAGACUGCUGAAUACAUACACACACACACACCGCUGAAUACACACACCCAGUCCGCUGAAUACACACACACACCCUGUCCGCUGAAUACACACCCAGUCCGCUGAAUACACACACACACCCAGUCCGCUGAAUACACACACACACACAGUCCGUGCUGUGUGUGUGUUGGGGGGUAGGGGUGUUGUGUGUGUGUGUGUGUGUGUGUUGGGGGUGAGGGGUGUUGUGUGUGUGUGUGUGUGGGUGUGUGGGGUGCUGUGCUGUGUGGGUUGCUGGACAGGGGUAAGGAUGCUGUGCUGGGGGUAGGAGUGUGUGUGUUGGGGUAGGAGUGCUGUGUGUGUAUUGGGGGAUGAGUGAUGUGUGUGUUGGGGGUAGGGGUGCUGUGUGUGUGUUGGGGGGUAGGGGUACUAUGUGUUGGGAUGCUGUGUGUGAGAGGGGUGCUGUGCUGUGUGUUAGAGGGGUGCUGUGCUGUGUGGGGAGGUAGGGGUGCUGUGCUGUGUGGGGAGGUAGGGGUGCUGGGCAGGGGUAAGGGGUGCUGUGCUGUGGGGGGCAGGGGGUGGCCAGGGCAGGCUCUGUGUGUGUGUGUGGGGGUAGGGUUUCGUGUGUGUGUGUGUGUGUGGGGUAGGGCUCUGUGUGUGUGUGCAGGGCUCUCCUGUGUGUGUGUGUGUGUGUGGGGGGGUAGGGUUUCUGUGUGUGUGUGGGGGGUAGGGUUUCUGUGUGUGUGUGGGGGUAGGGUUUGCAGGUGUGUGUGGGGGGGGCAGGGUUUCUGUGUGUGUGUGUGGGGGGUAGGGUUUCUGUGUGUGUGUGGGGGUAGGGUUCUGUGUGUGGGGGUAGGGGCGCUGUCUGUGUGGGGGGGGUAGGGGUGCUGUCUGUGUGUGGGGGCUCCUUGUGGGUAGGGGUAACGCGUGUGAAGGCCUGUGUGGGGGUAGGGUGCUGUGUGGGAGGGGUGGUUAAAAAAAAAAAAAAAGUAUGCUAAAUCUGUAUCCCCCCCUCACUCCUGCUUACCUUUAAUGAAGGGACACACACACACACAGCCAUGCAUGGUGGUCCGGCGGGUAGUAAGUUCUGCUUCCAGGUGGGGAGGCAGGGGGAGGGAUCUGUGAAGCAGCUCCCCUGUCCUCCCGCACGAUGCUAUGUGGAGCGUUGCCAUGGUAAUGCGCGGCAACGCUCCACACAUAUUGCUCGCGGGAGGACAGGGGAGCUGCUUCACAAAUCCCUCCCCCUGCCUCCCGACCCGGAAGCAGAGUAGGCGCCUGCCGUUUUGGGCAGGCAGGUGCCUACUCUGCAUUGAUGGCGAACCUAUGGCCGCGUGCCCACAGAAAGGUUCGCCAUCACUGCCAUCACUGCUAUAAGGUCAGGAACACAAACAUGUAUUCCUGACCCUAUAGUGUUAACAUCACCAUCUAGCCCCCCUGUGCCCCUCAUGCCUCCAUAAAUAUAGCAACAUCUUACUGUAUUCAAGCCAGAAGCUGUAGAUCUGCAUGCUGUUUGCCUAAAAAAAAAAAAAAACAAGCAGUCUGCUGACAUAAGCAGAAGUGGUAGCCUGAUCCAAUCACAGUGCUUCCCCAUAGGAUUGGCUGAGACUGACAAGGAGGCAGAUCAGGGGCAGAGCCAGCAUGAUUCAAACACAGCCCUGGCCAAUCAGCAUCUCCUCAUAGAGAUGAAUUGAAUCAAUGAAUCUUCAUGAGGAAAGUUCAGUGUCUGCGUGCAGAGGGUGGAGACACUGAAUGUUUGGGUGCAUUUUAGGCAGCCAUGACCCAGGAAGGAUCUCUAACAGCCAUCUGAGGAGUGGCCAGUGAAGUUAUCACUAGGCUGUAAUGUAAACACUGCAUUUUCUCUGAAAAGACGGUGUUUACAGCAAAAAGCCUGAAGGUAAUGAUUCUACUCACCAGAACAAAUUCAAUAAGCUGUAGUUGUUCUGGUGACUAUAGUGUCCCUUUAAAUUUGCAAAGUUGAUUCCUCCUAGAUAACAGGGUUGUUGCAGCUGAAAAAAUAGAAUUCAGGAUUUUUAAUGAAGUCAGAUAAAAGAUUUAAUGUGCUUAUUAAGAUGUUUAAAAUCUGACAGCUUUAGUAGAAAAGGCAGCAUUUGGAGAUGUUAUAGCAUUAUUCUAAACGACACCUCCCCAAAUAAAAGAUUGUGAGCUAUUCCUAAACUUUAUCUUCUGCCACAUUCAGAUUUAAAAUAUGAAGGGUUUAAUUAGAUUACUGUUUUGCAUGCUCUUGGAGGCUUAUGUAAGGCAGAAGAGAUUCAAGCAUGCUGGUAUUUGAAGAAUCUAUUUCCCAAGAUAUGUGGUUAUGCCAAUUUUAUACAAUUAUAAUGUUCCUUAUGGGAUCUGGUAGCUCCUAUGACCUAAAUGUACAUCAAACAUUAGCUGCAGAGUAAUAGUUUUGUUUAAGCCUUGUUUUCGCAAACAGUGGGUCAUCAUUUUCCAUUGUAUUUUUUUUAGAUCCACAUUCAUUAAAUUGGUAAAGUCGGUUUUGGUAAAUUGAUUUUAUUUUUAAAAAUUUUUGUCCUGUGAGUAAAUUGGAAUGUUGACUUUUUGGAAUACAUCUAUAUGGGGUUUGCAGUGGUCUUGUUGUUUAUUGGAAAUAUAUUUCAUAAUAGAAAUAAGAACGAAAUAUAGUGGGCAGCCUCCCAAACCUAGCCAGACGAAGUUAGGAGAGGGAUGCAUCACAAAAAAUAUUGGAGGGAAGUCACCUGAACUGUGCUCUGGAGAAGGGGGUAACCCUCAAUUCACGUUACAAGAAAAAAGCAGAACUUAAUGCGCUCCACAUAGAGCACAGUGGUGUGUAAAGAGAUAGUAAAAAAAAAAAAAAACUAAUAUUUAUUAAAUCUAGACAUAUAGAUAGCUUGACACAUAUAAGGUAGUUCUAAGGUAAAUAUAAAGGGAAUGGAUCAGAAGGUGAGUAAGAAGAAAUACAGACAAUACGUCUGAUAUAUAAGUUGUCCACCUAACAUCAACUGACCCUGGACAGGUAGAUGUGCCUAGGCUGGGAGUAGCAAUAAUAAAACCCUUUAGAGACAAAAAUCUGAAUUGGAGAGGGUGUAUAGGUAAUAAAAGGUAGGUGUACUCAGGAGGAUCUCUGCUCCUGAGACGGUCUCUGUAGCUGUCUCCACUAUUAUACCUUAUGAAAACAAUCAGGCCUUAGUGAGCAAAGGUCAGUUCACUCUUUCGACAUUUUCAAAAUGUAAGCGGUGCAUCCGCCUGUGUUUAAGGAACGACUCACAGGGUCAUUGUGAAUACAAAACCAUUUCUUGGUGAGAGUCAACCUAAUUUUUCUGAUAAAGUAUUCAGAGGAUCGAUUUAAAAGGGACCUUCUUUUUGGAGUCAAGAGAGCUGAAAAGUCCUUAAACAGAAACAGUUUAUAAUUCUGAUAUUUUAAGCAACGAGCAUUGGAAAUAUGCUACCAUGAUUUUCGUUUUAUCUGCAAACAUGAAUGCACAUGAUGACUGCUUGUGGUUUAGGAUUAGGAUUAGUUGGCUCCAUACAUAACCUGUGCGGUUCUAUUGGCAAAGACUCUAGAAAUCCAAAGGCAUGCUGCAAAUAGCCCAACAUUAGGUUUUGUUGGGCAGGUCCUUGGUGCUUUCUGGCAAGCCUACCAAACCGUAAUAAUUUGUUUUUCAUUACUAAUGUCUUCCAACCUCUCUAAGAGAGACAAUAGAAGGUGGUCUUGUUUAUUUUAUGUUGGAUGCAUGCAGGAAAGUUCACCUCGUACGGUCAGGGAUUCUCUCCUACAUAUGUCACAGAUUGCACCUGACCCACCUAUUAUAUCCUGGGCUUUACUACUUAUGCUUUGGUUUUCUCACAUUUUAUUAGAAUUGAAAAACAAAGCAACAGUUUUCCAUUACCCUAAGUAAUGCAAGGAUUGUGUUUGGAACGUGGUCGUGUACACUUCUUAUAUAUAUGUAACACAUGCAUUGUGUAAUCUUCUCGUGUGACAAUGCUUCGUGACAGGUUUGGUCACCAUCCUUAUGAUGUCUUAUGGUGCUGUGGGGUAAACGCUUUUGCCAGUGUUGUUGUGAAAAAUUGUGCAUGAAACCUGCAGUAUUGGAAAAUAAUGAAAUCAAAGCACACUUUGUCUGUAAAGCUCUGUAGCCAUUUCAGCUGGAUACCCAGUGUUCACAGGCUGUACUCGUAUGGUGGUCAUAUUUCCUGAGAGAUUUUAUUUUUGUUAUAAUUACAAUUUUUGUAUACUCACGUGUAUUGCAUGUCACAUAACUAGAAAAAUGUAUUAUAUUGUAAAGGAAUAAUUUGAGUCCAACUCUGCAAAUGAUUAGCUUGUGAAAUGUCAAACAUCUGUGAUAUAUUAUGUGAUCCAAUAGAUAUGCCUUUGUAAAUGAACCAAGUGGAAAUACUGACUAAGGGCUAUAUUUAAAUGGCACGUCUCUUAGAGUGAAACAUAUGAAAGAAUGCAUCUUUUACCAAAUCAAAUCAAUGGUUGUAGUAUUGUUCAGCUUUUGAUAGUAACAUGUGUUUUGUUUUCUUUUUAUUUUGUCCCCUAUAUUUAAGGGAGUACUAAGAUUUGAAAAUGACUGUGAUACAGAUAAGACAGACAGAUGUAUUGAGGACCUACGGAGUCAAAUCCAGCGCCUAGAAGAUGAGAACAGGGACUUUCUUGCAGCUUUAGAAGAUGCCAUGGAACAAUACAAAUUACAGGUGCUAGUUAUUCCCACUUUUAUUCUAAAUAACACUGUACAGCAUUGGUAAGCUCAUUGUAAUGUGUCCAGACUUUGACUACUGCUUUUACACUUGAAGAGGGAGUGGUGUCAAUUUUUUUUUUGUGCACAUAUCUUGGCUAACAGAAGGCAAUCACUGUCAACCUUAACAGUAUCUUGAAAUAUUGUAAAUAGAACUAUAACCUUUACAGCGUGCUAUAGUGGUUAUGGUGCCAGGAGUGCCCUGGAGCCCCACCCCUCAAUGUAAGAAGACACAACUAUUUUCUACCACUUUGACUUCUCACCUCGGAUCCGUUGAACUCUGCUUCCUGUCCCUUCCAUUCUGAGAACCGGAGUUUAAAAUGGGUUUUUAACACUAUUGUGUCAGGGAUCCCCUUUUCUAUUCCUGACACUAUAGUGUUCCUUUAAAGUGCUUUGAGUGUUUUUUUUUUUUUAAAGAGAAUACAUUGUGCUAGCCAAAUGGACAAUAUUUGAGGAUUUUGGGGUUUUGUGGCUGGUUUAGCAGUAAAGACUCUGCACUUGCAACAGUGGUUGUGGAAUCCCGACCUGUCAUUUGGAGGAGAAGUAGCUGCUUGGGCAGCUAUUAUUAUUUAUAUAGCGCCAACAAAUUCUACAGCGCUGUACAAUGGGUGGUCUAACAAACACAUAAUGGUAACCAGACAAGUUGGACGCAUAGGACUAGAGGGGUUGAAGGCCCUACUCAAUGAACUUACAUGCUAGAGGGAAUGGGGUAUAGUGACACAAGGUAAGGGUUGGAGUAGAAAAUUAGUCUGGUAGAAUAGUAUUCACUGAAGACUUAGUGUUUUGAUGACAGUUGCAGGAGAGGGAUCAGGGUGCAGGGGAGAAAGGGGGGGUGGAACUAUUAGUUUAAUUAUUAGGCUGUCCUGAAGAAGUGAGUUUUCAAUUAUUUUUUUAAGGAGUAGAGACUGGGUGAAUGUCUAUUCCAGGCAUAACCAACCUCUGGCACCCCAGAUGUUUUGGACUACACCUCCAAAGAUGCUUUGCCAGCAUUAAGGGUGUUAAGAGCAUUAUAGGGGAUGUAGUCCAAAACAUCUGGAGUACCGAAGGUUGCCUAUCCCUGGUCUAUUCUGUCACUUUGAGGUUUCCAUUCUGCUUGUUAAAGCAGUAGUAUUUAGGCAAAUUAUAUCUUGUAUUGUAUAUGUUUACUUAUGCUAUAAAGGGACAUGUAACGGAGCUCCCGUACUCCAACCAAGUACGAUGGACGCUUUGAUGGAUGCUUCCUAGCUUGCGCCGAGGACCACAAGCACUGCACAGGACACCACAACCACCGCAGACUCCGCCGUAGCUUGACUGGAGUCUCGCCGUCUUCCUUCCACCCUGGAUCAGCUUCUGUCCUACAGGACCGUGUGGGAAAGACCUCUUCUUUGUACUCUGUAUGAACCACCAGCAUCCUGGACUGUGUGGGGAAGACCUCUCCUCCAAGGAGAGCAUAUCAGGAACAAGCUCUUAAAAGAGCUAACUGAUUCAAGCUCAGGGGAGUAUGCAGAGCAUAGCAAUCCCCAGUGUGAUUAUAACCGCUCCCUCGAAUAACGAGACAAAGCUACAUUUUGAGGGAUCAAGAUGAACUGUCUAAACCUUUAUUUUACUUGGGACUAGCCCAUAUGGUCAUUACAUUAACAAUGCUGUGAAAACUCAAUAAAAUUACAAACAGCCAAAUCAUAGCAGGCAACAUACAGUGACUUAUUAUAACACAAUGGCAUAUUUUUAAAGGGGUGGGGGAGACAAUAUUUAACAGAAAAUAUCUCACGUGCCUGCAGAAUUAGCAAUAUGCAAAUCUACCCAAAUAUGCAAAUGAACCAGUCUUGCUAUUCAGGUAGUGCAUAUUGCUGUUGCUACCAACAGAGGGCACUAGACAAGCUCCAUAGCCAAAUCCACCUAGUUGGUAGCAAACCUCAGCAGUACAGGAGAGCAGGCAAUAAAUUUCACAGUACACACACACGAGAAACGAUAGUGUUGUUUGGUCCUCCUGCUACUCGUCAGAGGAAGCGACAUAAGUUUGAGGGUUUACAGGCCAUGUACGUUUCCCUUAUCUAGGGGAGCCUUACCCUUAGCAGGUUUUGAUUUUUUACCCUUCUCCUUUCCAGUGGUGUUAAGCCUUGCUCCUUGGAAAUGGAGUCAGACUCCUCCGACACGCCUCUAUGUUGGGAGUGUUUAGCGGGCGCUUUGGUUGCGUCUUGAGUGGCUGGAACGCCUUGGGUGCGUCUUGAGUGGCUGGAACGCCUUAGCUGAAGCCUUCUCCACAGAAGCGGCAACUGCCGCGUUAAUUACUGCCCGGAGGUCUGAGGGCAUCUGAGUCUUCCAUUAUUAACACCCAGUAUACUUGGGGCUCACCCAAUAGAUUCGUGAGUAAAUAUGCAAAUUGGUAGUAGGGACUGCUAGGGGUUAUGGUGGUCAAGUAUGCUACCCAUAGUAAUGUAAGUAGAGGCAAUGCUGGGGCUCACCCAGGUAAAAGGAGUCUGCAAGCACAGCUCCACUGGGCAGCGGUAUAUGGGGGCUUACCCCGUGCCGGGUUACUAGGAAUGAAUCUAACCGGAUGAACCACCCCUAGGUUUACUAACCUUGACAGGUCCCUGUAGCAGGCAAAGUGAACAGAAGCCAAUUUCUGCACUGAUUCCAAUAUAUAUAACUGUAAUAACUGGGCUCACUUAGUAAUAAUAAAACCUCCAGACAGGCCAAUCAUAAAAAAAAGUAAAAGCAGCAGCAGCGCGAGGCGUGAUCCAAAGUGGCAGCAAAAAAAGCCUCCUAAGUGCGUUAGCAGGAAAUCUGUCUAAAGGUCGCUUGAAAUAAAGCAUACCGAGAAAGAACAGUAAUACAGGAAAAAACUGAACGGAGAAAAAAAGAAUGAGUACGUUCGCAAAACGAACAACCCAAAGGGAAACUGCCUAACGCUGAAGAUAUGCGUUCGGGAGUAGAACGGUCGAUUGAAGGACGAAAAACAGGCGUACACGAACGCACAAACCUGUGCGAACACCUUAUAGAAAAUACAAACCGCCGGACGUGCAUAGAUAUACGCGUACGGUAGAUUGAAAAGGAGAGAAUAGGCGAAGGCGAGCACAUGUUAAAAGCGUGCCCUGAGGAGGGCGUGUGGCAGUGGGAGAGUGGGGAGUGUAGCCACAAGGAGAACUUUUUAUGAGAGGGGCUCACCCUCUAAUAAUGAAAUCAGCAUCAUGUACUGACAUAAACUGUAAGAUAAACAAAAAACUGAUAGGGAAUAAAAGAGGAUAAAGUAGGUACACAGACAUCCCAAGUCUAUACCCUACAAAAUAAAAAACAGUAACUAGUAUCCCCACUAUCAGAUAAAACCCUACAUAAAUACAUAUACAGUAAGAAAAGAAAGAAAUCAAUCAAGUAAAUAUGUGAAAUUAAGUAAAUAUAACCAGACAAGACAACAAAGUGUAGACACACAAUAUUCUGACCUGACUUGUGAUGGAGCAGCAAAGAAAGAGGAAGUGACUCAGUUGAAGGCGUAUCUUAUACUCUCUGCCUGUCUCUGAUUGGUUCAUUUUUUUCCUCUAUAUGUCUUUGCUGAUAUGGAGUAGUAAAGGAAAAUUAUGCAAAAUAUGAAGCCUCCUGUCAUGUGAUAAAAUUAUGGAUAUAGACUUGCAAUAUAUGUAAGGCUCAUAUAAAGAUAUCUUACUCUCUUUCUAGAGUGACAAGCUGCAAGAACAGCAAGAUGAAAUCACCAAAUUACAGGCCUGCCUGAAGCGGUUAGGGCCUGGCCUUCCUGUGUCUGCUCUUUUAGAAGAUGUUCAUUUGCAGCUUGGAGGAAGACCAAAUACUGCACCUCUUAUUAAAAAAUCUUCACUUAUUACUUCUCAGAACCAAUCUAAACUCUCAUCUAGAACUAAAAAGGUAUUUAUAGAAUAUGCUUAUUUUUACUACAAGGGUUAUUUACUAAAUCAAGAAUUGAAAGUACAUUUUACAUUUAGAGCCAGAGUAGCCGAAAUGAAAGCUAGCAGAAGCUAUUUUGACCCUAAAUAUGAAAUUCACUUUGAAUUCUCACUUUGGUAAAUAUCCCUUUGUUUUAGUUAGACUCACACAGCCUUUGUACCUAGAAAAUGUACCUUUGCAUCUGUGAGUCGUAAGCUCUCAGCUUUGAGCUAAACCCAGCAAUGCAGAGCUUAGAUAUAAAAAAAAUAUACAUAUACACUGAACAAAAUUCUAAAUGCAACACUUUUGUUUUUUUCCCCCAUUUUUCAUGAGCUGAACUCAAAGAUCUAAGACUUUUUCUAUGUACACAAAAGGCCUAUUCACAAAUCUGUCUAAAUCUGUGUUGGUGAGCACUUCUCCUUUGCUGAGAUAAUCCAUCCACCUCACAGGUGUGGCAUAUCAAGAUGCUGAUUAGACAGCAUGAUUAUUGCACAGGUGUGCCUUAGGCUGGCCGCAAUAAAAGGCCACUCUAAAAUGUGUAGUUUUAUCACACAGCACAAUUCCACAGAUGUCGCAAGUUUUGAGAGAGCGUGCAAUUGGCAGGAAUGUCCAGAGCUGUUGCCAGUGAAUUGAAUGUUAAUUUCUCUACCAUAAACCGUCUCCAAAGGUGUUUCAGAGAAUUUGGCAGUACAUCCAACCGGCCUCACAACCUCAGACCACGUGUAACCACUCCAGCCCAGGAUCUCCACACCUUCACCUCCAAGAUUCUCUUAGACCAGCUACCCGGACAGCUGCUGCAACAAUCUGUUUGCAUAACCAAAGAAUUUCUGCACAAACUGUCAGAAACUAUCUCAGGGAAUCUCAUCUGCGUGCUCGUCGACCUCAUCGGGGUCUCGACUUGACUGCAGUUCGUCGUAACUGACUUGAGUGGGCAAAUGCUCACAUUCGAUGGAGAGGUGUCUCACUUUGGAGAGGUGUUCUCUUCAUGGAUGAAUCCCGGUUUUCAGUGUGCAGGGCAGAUAGCAGACAGCGUGUAUGGUGUUGUGUGGUUGAGCGGUUUGCUGACGUAAAUGUUGUGGAUUGAGUGGUCCAUGGUGGGGUUAUGGUAUGGGCAGGCUUGUGUUAUGAACAACGAAUACAGGUGCAUUUUAUAUAUGCCCUUUUUUAAUGCACAGAGAUACCGUGACGAAAUCCUGAGGCCUAUUGUUGUGCCAUUCAUCCACGACCAUCACCUCAUGUUGCAGCAUGAUAAUGCACGUCCCCAUGUUGCAAGGAUCUGUACACAAUUCCUGGAAGCUGAAAACAUCCCAGUUCUUGCAUGGCCAGCAUACUCACGGGACAUGUCACCCAUUGAGCAUGUUUGGGAUGCUCUGGAUCGGCAUAUACGACAGCUGGUUCCAGGUACUGACAAUAUCCAGCAACUUCGCACAGCCAUUGAAGAGGAGUGGACCAACAAUUCACAGGCCACAAUCAACAACCUGAUUAACUCUAUGCGAAGGAGAUGUGCUGCACUGCGUUAGGCAAAUGGUGGUUUUUGGACCCCCCCCACCUGCCCAGAUCCCUCCAAUACAGUAAAACUGCACAUUUUAGAGUGACCUUUUAUUAAGACACACCUGUGCAAUAAUCAUGCAGCAUCUUGAUAUGCCAAACCUGCGAGGUGGAUGGAUUAGCUCAGCAAAGGAGAAGUGCUCACUAACACAGAUUUAGACAGAUUUGUAAACAAUAUUUGAGAGAAAUAGAUCUUUUAUGUACAUAGAAAAAGUCUUAGAUCUUUGAGUUCAGCUCAUGAAAAAUGGGGGCAAAAACAAAAAUAUUGUGUUUAUGAUUUUGUUCAGUGUAUAUAACAUAUAUAUUUCUUUUAAUGUGGCAAACUCUUCCAUACACAUAAUACACCAUAUGCACUUGCAUAACACCACAGGUAUAAUGCACACAUACAAUCCAUACAGCCCUCACACAACACACAGCCAAUAUAUACACAUAAAUCCUCACAGCAGCCACACAGCUAUACAUAAUGCAUGCAGAAUUCUCCAACAUAUAUAAACGUUGCUUUAAAGAAUAACAUUGGCAGAGCACUGCCAAAAGGUUGCCUACCCCUGGUCUAAAGUAUUGAUUGUUACUUUAAAGUUGCCCAGUUUAAUAUUUAACACUAAUUUUUUUUAAGCAGUUUACCAGCAGUAUUAGCCCUUUAUCGAAAGAGUUUACUGAGAACUUUCACUUUGGUACCCAGAAUCUGUUCUCCAGCUUGGCAGAAGCUGAUACUGUCCUUUCCCGACAGUUUAGUGAAGAUUCCAUGGAUGAUUCUGAUGAAGAACAGAGAUGGGGUAAUGAGCAUUGUGAAAAUGAAAUGGAGAAGCCCCUCAAUUUCCAAAUGUAAGUAAAAAGAAGCAUUGCAAUAUCAAUUUUGUAAAAGACUCACACUUUGAUUAUUUGGACUAAAUGCAGACUUUGAAAUUCAAGUAAAUUUUGCUUCCUUUCCAUAAAAAGUGUCAAGUUGAUGCCUAUCCAUAUAGUGUGGAACUACAACUCUUACAAUGAUCUUUAUGCCUAUAAUUGUCAGAGGGAGGGCUUAGUUCACCUUUGCCAUAAGGUCUCGGUUCUUUGUGUGGUGUACAUGGGUUAACAGAUUUUAUUACAAAACCCUUGGUGUUCAUCAGCAUCCUUAACAAAAGUGAGUAAUGUUCAUAAACUCCACAUGAAAUACUAUAUCCAUUAUUUAAGAUUCUACAAAAAUAUGUUUUAAAGUGAACCUGUACUCCUGGCAAUUUGACAAAGCAACACUUUUUUUUUUUUCUAUUAAAUUUAGACUUAAAAUAAAGACCAAGGCGGAAAUCAACCCUGUAUCUGAUAGAAUUCUUAAAAACUGUACUGAGUUGGCACAGGACAAUGAGGUUGAAGAGGUGCCACUGGAAGACAGGGACAUGAAUGAAUGUAAGUGGACAUUUACAUGCAUGAGAUGUUACAUUCAGAAUUUUUCAAGGAACAAGAAAUUUUCAUUUUUCUGCUUACCUGAAGCUGUCUCUUACGGCCACCACCAUCAUCUUCCUGAGACCUCUUUCAGCUCCUGGCACUUCAUUUGUCACUAGCCACGUCACUACUUUAAUCUCUCGCACAUAAAACAUAGAGUGGGAGUCUCCAUAGAAAUACGUCUUGUGAUGAGCAAGACCACGCCUGAUUCCCACAGUGCUGCUGGAAUUUGUCAAUCUCACACUUGCCCAUAAGACAAAGUCGUCCAAUCACUAGGAGUAAUUUAUCAUGUCUUUAUUAUAUACUCAGAAAUGACAGGACAAUAUUGAAAACUCCUUGUUCCUUUAAAAUGGUAUGUUAUUUUAAAGAAAAAGUAAUGGGAAGGAAAAAUUAACCAGGGGAAAAAAACAUGUAUUUAGCCAUGAGUUUAAAAUUCUACUAUUUUUGGGCAGCGGCAGUUUAAUAUUCUGUUUAUAUCCCGUGUAUAAAUAAAACAAAAUAAAAAAGUCUAGAUGCAUAUUAUCCUAAGCCCAUGUUUUUAGAGCUAAUGCAGUGCUGAUUAAAGAGUAAGUACUCCUACCAAUGCUAUUUCAGAUCUCAUAGGUAAGUGCUAAACUGGCAAUUCAAUAUAUCAGUGUAAAGACAAAAAUCACUAGCGAGACAGAAGUAAGUAUUCUCAUGAAUCCCUACACAAAGAAAGACUAAACAGGGAACAUAAAGGAGAGACAGCAACACUGUAAGAAAGGCUGUGUAAUAUGAUCGCAGAUUAGAACACAUUUGAACUCGAACUACUCUAGGGCAACAGCAGUGACUUUAGUAUUCAUCCCUAAUAUAUAAACAAAACCAACUGCCACCAAGUAUGACAUAUCGGUCAAGCAGACCCAAUUGCUUGAGAUAGUUAUGUAAAUUUAAAUGUAAUCAUUUUUAUUAAGCAUCUGGUGUAUUGUUUCUCUAAUCUCUAAUACCUAAUGGAUGCUUGCAGCACCCUACAGGAGGAGAGAACAUAAUUUGCUACAAGAAGGCUGUUCCCUAGGAAAGGACUCUAAGUGGACACUGCGCCAAGCACAGCAAAAGAUUCGAGAAUUGGCCAUCAACAUCCGCAUGAAGGAGGAACUCAUUAAGGAGCUUGUUAAAACUGGUGAGCCUACAGUAUUGUCCUACUAAGGGUACCAUUUGAUACCUUAGCAACAUAACACAAAUAAUUUACCUUGUUUCUGUGCAACUAAAGCAUUUAUUACAGCAAAGUGAAACAAAUACAGUUAGUGAGUCCUGCAGAGUGCUUCUGUGCCAGAAAAACGUGAUUGAUCUGCCAGUUAACAUCCUCAUGUAGGAGUAGUGAGAGCAAUCAGUGAUACAGAUGACAAAUUGCUCUCUAUCUUAGCAAAUCAUUAUUUACCUUUAGCGAGCAUUUAUUUAUUUAGUAUAUCUCUUUUAGCAUUCUUCUUUGCCGCCCCGAAAGUUCUCCAGAUUGUUUUUCUAUAGCACUUCAUUUUCAGUCUAGGAUAUGUGAAUACGAUAAAACUUAAUGCACUUUGUUCACCUAUAUUUCUGUAUGAACUGUGGUGUACAUCAUACUUCUGCUUCAUGACUCUUGUUUAUGCGCUAGACAUCAGGUACACGGUGAUAUCCCCACCCACCUACCUCUUGAUCUGAUCUAUUGCUCAGUAUCAGCCUCUAGGCUGCUGAAGGAUCCUGGGAAAGGCAUUGCCUCAUAUGUGCAGUGCGCAUUUCUGUUAUCACUGCUGUAGAAACAAUGUGAAAUUGACCUGGAAAUUAGUUAUGAACAUGAACUCCUUUUUUUUUUUUUUUCUUCAUAUAUAACAUAUGUUCCCAAAACCUGUCACACUUCUUCCUUUUUAUUUUCUUGAGCGUCUUUUGGGCUUGUUGUUAUUCCCUUCUUCAAGACGUAAGCAAUCCUGACAUUUAUGACAGAUCAAUUUAAUGGAGUAAACAUGGAUCCACAAGUGGUAUGGCAAUGACUUUGUAAAAGAUGUAAACGUUUCUCUUCAUGGUUUUAACAUUGGCUGAAAAACCAUGCUUUGCUAGAAAUUGGUGAGCUGGAAACUCUGCUCACUUGGAAACUCCAAAUUCGCAGUAGAAUCUCUGACCACAAUGUACAAUAAUAAACCGUUUGCAAUCAGACUGGUGCACAUGUGGUUUGGGAUUGCGUGUUUAUUUUUCAUGCAUAGUGUAAGGACUGAGCAAUAUGUCAGUAAUAGGUUAAAAUCACAGUUACAGACUUGUUUCUGAAAAGUUCUUAUAGCGAGCGGGAUGUACUCCUUCUUUGGUAAUCUUUUCCUCUCUGGUGGUAGAGAUAUGUGUGAAGGCACAGUAGCUGAAGUCUGCAGCCUUGAUGCAAUAAAGUUGAAGAAACAUUGGCGAAAAUAAAUUUGGGGUGUCCAGUUUCAAAUGGUUUGUAUAAUGAUAUUAUGGGGAGUUGACCGGCUAUAAACCAGUCUAUGAAUACCUGUCUUUGAAUUAAUUUAAUUUUGGAUUGGGUAGAGCUAUCUAGUAAGUUGAUAAAAGGGCCAACUUCAAAUGCAUUUCUUGAUAGAAAACCCAUGGGAGUAGUUUAAGCAGCUUGAUGCUUUUUCCAUGAGCGUUUCAUGAGUUAAUGUUGGAAAUAUGUUAACCACCGUGAAAAGCCCGAUUGUGUGACUGUGUGGUCCAAGCUAGGUCUAAUUUUUGAAAUAAAAUGAAUUUAUGCCGUAAGAUAAAGUAGUGGGUAAUCUAUAGAAUGGUCCCAGUCUUCCAAGCUGAGAUGUGGCAGGAUAGUGCCUUUCAAACUACAUGUUUGUAGGUAUGCAAAGAAAGAAAGGGAACAUCAAGGUCAGGAAUUUUGUGUUUAAUUUGUGGAAACGUGAGAACUGAUUUAUUGCUUUGAUCCAGGAAAUCAUGUAUACUGGUUUGACCUGCGGUUGUCCAAGAACAGUAUGGAUAUUGGGCUUCCCCAUCCUGAAGAGUUACAUAAUAAGAGAAUAAAUCUAGUUUAUUGCCAUUGGAGUCCUAGGAGCUGUCUCAGCAAUUUUCACUUUUUAAUAGUAGAUGCUGCUAAAUGAUGUGUGUAGCAACUGAGAGAGUGCCACACCAAGACAAAGUUGAGCUUCUAUGUGUACUGCUGUAAAUUGUCCCAAUUUGUCAUUUUUAAUUUAUUUAUUUUUAUGCAGUGCAAAGCGUUUCGAUUGUGUGCUGCUAAAGUGUAACGUUUUACACUUGGAAUAUUUAAACCCAGGUUACACCUGGUUUGAGAUAAUUUAAGCAUUGCGAUUCUUGGACAUUUAUUUUUUCCAUCUGUAAGUAAUGUAAGAACGUUAACUGAUUUUAAGAGAGUGGUUCUUCCGAAAAGAGACAAAGGGAGUUGUGCCUAUCCGAUAAUACAAUAAUUUCAAAUUUGAGGUCAGAAUAGCUAAACUGUUAAAAAAAUAAAAAAAAUAAAAAUAAAUCAGCUAUGCUUCAGUUCAGCUACUCUGGCUUUAAAUAUGAAAUUAACUUUGAAUUCUCACCUUAGUGAGAAACCCUGGUUAGGUUUCUAGUGUCAAUUUAGUUCAUAUUGUGCUGCUUGCACCAUUCUUGCCACACUCUCACUUAAAUAAAGCUUAUUUCCUUUCUCCAUGGAUUGCACAUGUCUUGUCUGCAGUUUUCCUGAUACCAGUACACAGCACGGUUCACUAAACCGUGAACUGGGCCGUGUAUAACAUCGCAGCAGUGACGGUAUGAGUGCUAUCAGUUUGUCGAGAAUUUCCAAUCAUUCUUUACUCAUACUGGACAGAGUAUUAUGGGAUAAGGUCAGUCCCCACAGAGCAGAAUGAUGCUCUGCUAACUGGAGCAUCUCAAACUAGUGUGGGAGAGAUUUUCCUACAGACAGAGUCACUUAGCAGUGUACAGAGGGACUUUAAAAAGUAUUUGUUUUUUUAUUUAUUUACUUUUGCUAAUAUUUUAAAGCAUUUUUUAUUUAAUGCUUUAAAAAAAAUGAUAUGCUAAAAUUUUAGGCAAACAAGCCCUUUAAUUACAAAAGCAAUGAUACAUCGAAAGAGAACAACACAGCAGAGGGAGUUGGAUUCGGUAUUUGUGUGCAAUUCAGUGACUACUUUGAAUACUUUUUAUACAUGCAUAACCUUUAUGUGCCCACUUUACUUUCUCCGUUUACACUAUAGGUCACCCAUGUCAUCUUGCCUCCCUUGUUUCCCUACCAGUUCAGCUAUGUCCAGUUAUUCAUGUGAAAAUCAGAUACAAAAAUAAUAAAUAGUCAUACUACCCCCGUGCAGCUAUUUGUCAUAUUGUGAUCAGUCAUUUGUCAUCCCCUCCUCUCCUAGUUCAGCCAUGUGUCAGUCUCCCUCUCUGUGUGCUGCCAUGAAUCAUUUCGUUUGUGAGUCAUGUGUUUUGUCUUUUCCUUUUUGCUCUACAUGCAGUUUUUAAAAUUAAUAAAGCUACUUUUUUAUUAGGAAUUGUGUGAUAUUGAACGGACUAACAAAUUGACAAUUUUAAUCAGAUUCUUGAUUUUCUUUACUUAAAGGGACACUAUAGUCACAAGAACAACAACCGCUUAUUGUAUUUGUUCUGGUGAGUAGAAUCGUUCCCCUCUGGCCUUUUGCUGUAAACAAUGUAUUUUCACAGAAAAUGCAGUGUUUACAUUACAGUCUAGGAACACCUCCACUGGCCAAUCGUCAGAUACUACUAGAGGUGCUUCCUGGGGCAGUGCUGCACAGUUUUUCAGUGCAUCCCUGUGAUGAAAUGCUGAUUGGACAGGGCUGUAUUUGGCUUGUGCUGGCUCUGCCCCUGAUCUGCCUCAUUGAUAGGCUCAGCCAAUGCAAUGCUUUCCUAUAGGAAAGCAUUGUCUUUGGCUCAGACCACAACUUGAAAUGACGUCAGCCAAGUACAUAGAUCAGGGGCAGAGACAGCAGUAGCAGACUCUAAUAAAGAUAAGAAUUUACUAUAUUUAAUGGGGUAAGGGGAGGGGGACAGGGGAUCCAGAUGGUAAUUUUAACACAAUAAGGUCAGUAAUACAUGUUUGUCUUCCUGAUCCUAUAGGGUUCCUUUAACUGUACUAUGGUACUCUCAAACCACAUUAACCACUGUAGUGGUAACCUGAUUUUAACGUACGAGAAGCUUUCUGGGACCCUCCAGGAAUAAUUUGUCAAAAUCUUUUAGAACAAUUUGACAACUUACAUGGGUCCAGCAUUCAGUCUUCUCCUGCAGGAGAAGCUGGAUGUCUUCAUUGGGCUAAACAGGUUCGAUACAGCACUUACCUAGCACUCUCAGACAAUUAACAUGGCCAUGCUUAGCUCAGUGGUGCUAACUGGAUUCUCUUACAAAGAGAAUAUGGAAGCAGGACUAUGGCCACAAGAGCCAGGCAAGCUCUCAAACACUUUCAAAAGAAUUUGCCUUGGCAGUCCUUGGACCAUACCUAUGACAACAGUUUGUGUUGCUUAUGAUGCUUGGAAUUAACUUUAUAAGGCUCUUAGUGAAUAUUUUAUCCUUAUGGUACUCUAAUGAAGUCUAUAGUGGUAUACCAAUGCUUGAUGCAUUGGUUGUCAAUCCUGGUACAGUGGGACAAAUAGUCAGCAGGAACAGGCGCUUCACACUUGUUGCCAGCAAUAAAUUGUUUACUGUGGCAGUACUACUCCUCAACUAUUUUGAUACUGGGGAAGAUUCUGGUAAAUUGUGAUUAAUGUACUCUUUCAGAUUGUUAGUGAAGAAUUAAUGACCAAGUGAAUGUACUACUUGCUAAAACAGUAGAUUUAGCAUUUCACACCUCAUUCUUGAAUGGCUUACAAAGAUUAAACAAAUGCAUUCUAUGUCAUAAAGAUUCUGUGGAUGCGAUAUGUAUAAACUGAUGAAAAUGUGUGAUUGUUUUGGUAUCGAGUGUUGAUCUUAAAAAGUGAAAAUCUUCGACAGGUGUACAUAUGUGGUUAGGCAUGGUUUACAGAUGUUGCUCGCUAUGUUUUGUUACAGGAAGGGAGGCUCAAACCAUGAAUAAACAAUACUGCCUGAAAAUCUCUGAGCUGGAGAACGAAGUUGAACAAGUGAAAGUGGAAGUCAAUGAAAGCCAAAAGCAGCUGCAGGAGCUGGAGGGGAAGGAGUCCCGUGAUCCUGUAGAAAAGUGCAAGCUUCAGGAAUACCGCAAGAAGAUAGCAGCUGCAGAGAGCAAAGUGCAGGUCCGAGGGUUUCUCUUUUAUAUAGUAAUGUUACCAGAAAAGCAAUGCAUUUAUUGCUUUUAAAGACAUAUGUAUCUAUGUCUUUAUUCUUCUAUUCUUUAAUAGAGAAGAUGCAUUUGUAGUCUGUUAAAUUAUUUGUCUGAGGAAUAGGCACCAUAUUCUAUGUGCUUAGUGAUAUCUAGUUAGCAGAAAUGCCCAGCUAUAACACUAAAAUACCAUACCUCCCAAUGUUGGAGGUAUGGGAACUCAGACAGAAAUGAAUUGGUCAAAAGGAAAGGCAAUGAUGGACAAAUUCAGAAUGCCAGACAAUGAACUUGGGAUAUCGAGACAGAACCCUGAAUUUGGGAUUGUUCCACCACCCUAACACAUUGCAUGCCUCCCAGAACAGUUGGGAGGCAUGCAAUGCUUUUAGAUAAUUAUUGGCAAUGUCUGCUGCAGGCUUCUGCUUAAAGGGACACUCACACAGCAUGCCCUUUUAUCUUCCUUACAUAGUUUAUGUUGCCUAUACUACUGUUCUACUGUCUCGCUAAGACUGAGUGAACUAUAUCCCAAGCCCACCUACUACACCGUGGCAAAAGAAAGAGGAUCUAUACAACUUAAGAACGUUUCAAGGGCACUGUCUCUUCAUCCAUGUCAUAUUUAGAGCCUUAAUUUACUUCUCUGUAUUAGACCUAAGUGACUAUCUCUGAACCACAUUGAGUGCAAACUCUAGGACAAACUUUUCCCAAGUGUAUUAAGGGAUUUAUUUAAGCUAAAUCCUCAAUGGGUUAAUAUGGCACUAGCUUACUGUGCAUUGAAGAACAGGAUAAAUUUAGGAGUCAGUAAAUAUAUAUAUAUAUAUAUAUAUAUAUAUAUAUCCCAGUAUGUAUGGCAUCUCCCAUAGUUUGGGUGUGGUAAACUAAAACAUUUUCAAUGUGAGAUCAAAGGAUGUGUUUUAGAAGACCACUGGUUGUGUUAUUAAUUUUCUUUCAUGCAAUAUUCUGCUGUAUAUGUUAAAUAGCUUAAACAACGAAACUGAAGGGAUGCUGCAUUGUGUAGGCCGGUUUACUGCUUCAUUAGUUACUCGAUUACUUGCCGUUGUAGAAAUAAUUGAGAUUAAACCAAAUACACAGGUAUUUACUUUUCCACAUUUCUUUAUGCUUUGUUUGAAGCAGCUUCCUAAAUAUCUCUCUCUUUUUAUCACUGUAGGUGCUAAAAGAAAAGAAGCAGGCAACAGAGAAGUUAGCUGCACUCUCUUCACAGAACGAGAGGCGAGUCCAAGAUCUUGAGAAGAACAUAAUACAAAUGAAGCAACAACAGGGUCAGCUGCAAAGGAAACUGAAAGAGGAGACUGAGCAGAAUCGCCGCUUAGAGAGUGAAAUGCAGAAGCGGAAGCACAGGGUCAAAGUGAGUCUGAGACCUUCUUUUACCUGUGCAUGCUUAAAAUAAGAUCAUUUCAGUAGAAAUAGUUCCGUUAUAUCUGUUAUAUCUGUCCUUGGUUUCUUUGUCCUGCUUUGUUGUUUCUACUAUUUGUAAAAGAUAAAUUGUUGCAGCUCAUGUUGUCUCCUGUCUUCUUUGUUUUCCAAAAACUUUCAGUCAUAUAAAUCCAGGGCUUCUGCAUAUGUGCCAUGGAACCGUUGUAUUUUAUUAUAACUUGCUGUGAGCUGAUACUUAGGCCUUUGAGAAACUGUUUAAAGAGCAAGGGUGCAGAAACCCUUCCUGGAUUUGUAUAUGAUACCCUAAAGGAUGUUACUUAUUUUGCCCAUAAGUAACUGUGGUGCAUCUUAUUAACUGGAAAGAUAAUCGUUUUUUGUUUUUUUUGUUUUUUUUUGUCUUCUGCAGUGUAUUUAAACACUAAUACAAGUUUUUGGUUUUAGGAACUUGAGCUUAAACAUGAACAGCAACAAAAGAUUUUGAGGAUCAAAACAGAGGAGAUUGCUGCUUUCCAGAGGAAGAGGCGAAGUGGCAGUAAUGGUUCAGUUAUAAGCAUGGAGCAGCAGCAAGUAUGUUGGAUGGGUUCAAAGGUUACUUGUAAAUAAGAGGAGGAACAACUAACAAAGUGUUAGUAAACAGGAAAGGCCGAUAUUUGUUAAUUGGCGAAAGAUUUGCGUGUGCAAACCGAAGUCAUUAUCCAACAAAAAUAAUGAUUUUGAUCCUUGUGUUUUAUUCCUAUGUUAGAAAAUUGAAGACCAGAAGAAGUGGCUGGAUAGUGAGAUUGAUAAAGUGCUGGAGCAACGCCGUGCUUUAGAUGAGUUAGAAGAAGAACUUAAGAAAAGAGAGGGCAUAUUGAUUAAGAAGGAGGCGCUUCUUCAGGAGAAGAAUGACUUGGAGUUCAAAAGGCUUCGAUCCAGCCAGGUGAGCCAUCUUUGAAAUCAAAAACACUUCAAACAUACUUUUUAGUAAGAUGUUUUUCAAUAUGUUUAUCUUUGUAGUUCGUUUUUAAGGACAAGGACAAUUGAUUUUAACUUUUUUUUUUACUCUUGGAGGUUUUGUUAAAGUAGCUCUGCCAUUCAUUAAAUGUGUUGUGAAUGUGAUGUGGAGAAUGUGUCUUUGACCUAAUUGUCCAUUUGAUGAAUACUUCGCAAUUUAGAUUCCUGAUAACAUAGGUUAAAAGUCACUGCUCUAAACCAUAUUCACACCAUUUCAUAAUAGUAGCUUGUGUUUGUUAAAGGAACACUUCAAACACCUAAAGCAAGCAUGUUAAACUCAUAGGGCCAAAUAAACAAGGUUUAAGUUUAUGUGGGCCGCAAAAAAAAAAAACUUUAGUUUUCAUAGAAACGUAGGUUUAUUUAGAAAAGCACAGUAUAAAAAAUGUUGCCUAACUGACACUGUACGUCCUCACACUUGUAGGGCUUCAAAGUAAACAAAAGAGCAAAUUUAUUUUAAGGAGACUUGUAUUUUCAUAUAACCAAUGUUUCAGUCCAACUACUUAGUAAGAAAGGUUUGGUAAUGGGACUGAAAUGGUGAAUGUAUGCUGUUGCACAGCUGUAAAAAACAAAUGACGUUAUCUUGUUGAUUUUGAAGUAUUAUGAGUGUGUUCUUCACUUUGGCUGCGAUCAUCAAACUUGAUAAUCUCAGCCAAUGCAAUGCUUUCCCAUAGGAAAUAAUUGGGAGGCUAUUGUGCAUGUGUGUUAAAAAGCUUUGUGGUCAAUGAGCAUCUCCAUGGGUAUUGUUCAGCACCUCCAUGCAGACCCAAUCUAAUACACUGCCCCCUCCCCUCAUUCUAAUACAUUGUCCCCAAAUUGAAUAUACUGCUACUCUCCACUCUAAUACACUGCCCCUCCACCCAUUCUAAUACAAUGCCCUUUAAUAUAAUACACUGCCCCCUCUGUGAUUACACAGCCACAGAAUGGUUGGGCUGAGAAUAAAGUGGAGGGCUCAGAAAGGCUACAAACAAGUGAUCUUCAGCUUUUGCAAACUGUUUUAUAUGCGCCCAUUGGAAAAAAAUGAAUAAUUAAAUGCAUGCGUGUUUUCAUUUGGAGCAUGUCUACAAAAUAGUGAUUAUUUAUUUCUAUUUGGGCAUUGGAGUGUCCCUUUAAUUUAACUACUACUUUUUGUACUAGGCUCUAAAUAAUGAUAUUGUAAGAGUUUCCAGUCGCAUUGAAGAUUUGGAGAAGGAACUAUAUGAGAAGAAUGGGCAACUUCGGGAGGGUAGUGCCAAUGACCAGCAGCGUAUACGAGAUGAGAUCAAUAACCUCAGACAAGAGAAAGAUCUCCUGUUAAAGCAACGAGUGGAUAUAGAUGACAAGCUUAGACAAGGGAAUCUUCUUUCUGCAGAGGUAAACACAUUGAUACACUAUUAUAGAUAGUUAAUAUCCUGUUCAAGAAAAAUAAUGAUGAUUUUUUUUCAGUUUGCUAUAAGUUAUUUCUGGUUUGUUAAUUGACUCCUUCACAUUUGGCUGUUAAUCAUAUUGAUACAGUUUCCUUUCUGUUUGUCUUCACAUUUCUUUGUUUGCCAUGGCACAGUAGAACUUUAUUUAAAAGGCCCAUUAUUUCGAUAAUCCUAAUUAUCUGAUGUUACAUAUGUCCAGUAGACUCCGAACAUAUCGUCAAAGAGGCCACUUUCUUAAAGAACGGUCACCUUAUUCUUUUACUGGACAUCAACAUCUUGGCUCUGUGUCAAUCAUUGUCAUAAACUCAGUCUUUUACACCAGGCAGUAAGCAUGGAGAAAACAUACAGAGAAGAGGACAAUUCAAACAAUGUUUCUAGUUCUUUUUUUUUUUUUUUUUGUUCUCUUGCAAUGUUUGUCCUGGCUUUGCCUUGUCUGUACUGAUGCACUUUGCUAAAUCUUGACUGUAUGUUGAAAAGUAGAUUGAACAUGUCUUGAAAAAAUCCAAAAUUGAGCUAAUGUACCAAUUCUUGAAACACUCCAAAAUGAGAGAGGGUAGCCUUUUAUAAAGUAACUAGAUAAGGCAUAAAUACAGAACCAAGAAUGUUUCGGAAGGAUUUAGUGACAAGAGACAUACGUGACCCAAAGUUUGCCAGAUUAUAAAAUUUAACCUAAUCUGGCAAACUUUGAUUCAGUUAUGUCUCUUGUCACUAACUCCCUCUGAAACUUUCUUGCUUCUUACUUUUUGCUUUGUCUGUCUUGGAAAAAAAGGUUAACAAAAGUUAUAGAGGAUUUUAAGUGUUCUAUCCAGUGGUGUAAAUUCCAGAGUAGGGCCAAUUUCCCUUUAAUGUUCCCUUUUAUCCUUGUAUUGUAAUUUGUUGUUCUUUGGCUUUUAUCCAUGUAUGCAUAGCGCACUUGAUACACAUUUUUUAUAUUUUUCAAUUCAUGCUCCUCAGGAAGAAAGGAUUCUCUUCCAGUUAGAUGAAGCAAUAGAGGCUCUGGAUGCUGCAAUCGAGUACAAGAAUGAAUCCAUCACUCAACGACAGAGAGUCUUACGGGCCUCUGCUAGCCUUCUCUCUCAGUGUGAAAUGAACCUUAUGGCCAAGCUGAGCUACCUCUCCUCUUCUGAGACACGAGCUCUCCUUUGUAAAUAUUUUGACAAGGUAAAUAAAAUACACAGUCUCAUUAUGUUGUCCAUUAAAUAGUGCAAAGUUUGUAACAAAUGUAAACUCAGUUUGUGAUGAUUGUGAUGGACAUGAGAGAACUACUUUGGGUUUACUUGAACUUCUCAAGCGAAAUGUUGCUAGCUAGGGUGGGUAGGUUUUUAGUGUGAUCACCAGCUUCUUGACUAUUAAGUUAUGGGUGUUUGUUAGUUAUUUUUUCUCCUUUUAAAUGUUACCUGUUUUCGUGUAAGCUUUGCCGUUCUAUUUGCAGGUGGUUACACUGCGCGAGGAGGAGCACAAACUGCAGAUUUCAUUCUCUGAGUUGGAAAUGAAGUUGGAGGAGCAGCAGCACCUUGUAUACUGGCUGGAGGUUGCACUGGAGCGCCAGAGGCUAGAAAUGGAUCGUCAACUCACCCUGCAACAAAAAGAACAUGAGCGAAAUGUCCAACUACUGCUAAAACAAUGUCAAGGUAAAAUGCAAGCUUUGUCAUCUUUCGUUCGCUUAUGUCUCUAUGUAUUUCUGUGACAUAACAUUUAACUUUAAAGUAUAGUUAUUCCUUUUACAUAUAUGUUUAUAAUGUGGAGUAAAAUCAAGAAGUUUGCAAUGUAGCAUUGUGUUUAAUAUUACUUUUGUUACUUGAAAUAAAAAUGUAUCCUACUGUACUGUAGCAUACUCUGAGGACUUGGUAUACAUUUUUAAAGUUCUGCUUUAUUGUGCAGUUUAUAAGCAAAGUUCAAGUCAAUGUAUCGGUCCCUAAACUAGACAUCUUCAUGACUAGGCAGCCACUAAGUUAAACAAUCACGAAGUAACAUAACCGGUUUAUAAAUGUGCCAAUUUCUAUUGUAGUUGAAAGAGAACAUACUCUAAACACAUAUAGUAAUUCAGCUGUGUAGUGUCCCUUUAAGUAAUAAGUUGCACAGACACUAUUGUUUCCUGUGGGCAGGACAUGCAUUCCAGUUUUCCAAUCACUAACAUUUGCCUUCACUGCUCCUUUGCUACAGUGAUGGCCAAUAUAAAUAAUUUCAAAUGUUUGACAUGCAUCUUUCUUUCACUUUUGAUCCUUAUCUAAAUUAAUUACUCUCUUGUUGAUUCCUCAAUGCGUAGAUUUUAAAUGACUGCAAAAAUAUUUGUUUUCCUAAUCCAUUUCCUGUAAUUUAUCUCAAGUAUUAUUGUUUCCUAUUCAUGCCCUGUCUGAUACAUAUCUGCAGACUUUAAAAAUGCAUAUUUAUUUAUUUCCAUUUGUUGUACUUCUAAUUGGCAAUGAAAAUAUAUAUUACAAUUUUAGUUAAAUUGGGUUUUUGUUAGCCAAAUUUGAGUGGAUAGCCAACUGGAACAUUUUAUAGGUGCUUGAUUUAAAUUUAGGGCUUAUUUCACACUGGUAUAAUACUAAUUGUAGAGUGUUAUAAGACCAAGCAUGCAUGUGCAAAUAAAAUACAUACAGUUUGUUUUAAAACGGCUAAUAAACCAACCCAUUGUACAGUGCUACAGAACUUGUUGGUGCUUUAUAAAUAAUAAUAAUAAUAACUGUAAUUUUGUUAUAGAAAUUGUAAUCCAUUUACUUGAGUAAUGUCAUGGCUUUAGCAGUGCUCAGAUCUUACAUACUCCCAUGAACAUAUUUAAGUUUAUUUUAAAGUGACUAUGGUAGUGUACUUUGCCACUUCAUGUUUUGAUUACUGCAUCCAUUUAUUGUGUGGAAUGAAUCUUGAUGUGUAUAUAUGUGACUUGUGUCACAACAGAUUAAAUGAUUACCCUCUAUGAGACUUCAGAGAUACAGUGGUUGUUUUUUUUUUCUUUAUUAAAAUUUUUUAAUGAUUUCCCAUGGCAAUUUCUUAACUCUUUUUUUUUUUCGGUCUCUCUCUUCCUCUUGUAUAUUUUAUUUCAGACCAAAUAGGAGAGGGUCUGGCUGGAAGCAAGAGACAGUACGAGGUUACAAUUCAAAUGCUUCAGAAGGAACUCGGAUGGUAUAUGUGGGCUCACCAGGAACUCAGUCAAAGAUUAAGUAAAUGUACUCUUUCUCCUGCAAACCCUACAGGGGUUCCUACCAAGGGUAAGUGCUCUCUCAUGAUUUUGAUUUAAUAAAUUACUCCAUUAUAUCCACCAAACAGCCAUUGUGGAAUGAAACACCUUAAUUUAUUUGUGUUUUUUGCUUGUUUGUUUUUUUAAAGUGAUUCCUGCAGAUGGAAGACUUCUUCCCCCACCUGAUAAACAGAUGUCUUUAGUUGGGUCUUCAGAAGAAAGUGGUGUUGCCUCUGAUAUGAACAGUCAGAUUUUGGCUCCUGAUAGAAUCCAAAAGCCCAGAGAGGACUUAAUUCAUCUCCCUUUACCACCCACAUGGAGGCGCUCCUCACUGCCUACAGACGAGCAGACUGGCCUUGACGAACUCAGUCACAAGGAGAUUGUUACAGAAACAAUAAGCAACAGAGUGAUGCAGUUAAAUGAUGGCUUUAAUCAAAGAGCAGCACUCUGUCUUCCGAAAUCCCGAAGAGACCUCCGAAGAUGUAAUGUCAAUGCUAUGCCAUUUAUCUCUAAUGUGGAGAAGAUAGACGUACGGAAAAACCCAUUGUAGAAAUGUGUGGCAGUCUUUCUUUCCACUUUAUUAUUUGUCUUGUUACAAAUUGUGUUGUGGUUCUUGGAAACUUUCAGCACACCACUGUUUUGUUUACAUGUUUUGUUUUAUUUAAACUGUAUUUUUCCAUGUUCUUUUGUUUGAGAUUAAUGGGUGUAGAUGGAUAGUAAGGUAUAUUAUUGACAACCCAAACUGGAAGAGGUACUUAGUGAGGAUCAAAUAGAGCAAGUGUAGAUUUUUAGAUAUUCUCUGCCUAACACUUACUUCACAGACAUUUUUACAUCCACUGCCAUGUUGGUAAAUAGCUGAAAGUAUCAAAAAUUAUGAGGGAGAUUUUCAGUUGUUGUGCUUGGUAACUACUUGAAAACAAACUCUUUAGUCCAUACAAUACCUUUGGUCUACUGUCAGAAAAAGAGAUCAGAGCCACUGCAGUAAACAGUGUCACUUGUGAAUAAGUUGUCAAAUAACAUUUAUUCAUACUGCUGUGCAAGGGAUAAUGGACACAGUGUUUUCCUUACUAAGGGUAGCAGGUUUAAAGCUGUUGAUGGGUAAGAAACAUGCCUGUAUUGGGUCUGUCUUGUGCAUCUACUCCUGGAUUCUGUGCCUUUAACAUAAUAUAUGCCUUAAUGAACACUCCAAUAACACUAAGUGCAAGCUACAUGCUUUUGUUGGCUUGUACGGUCUUCCUCUGAUGGAUCAUAUUUCUAUAGCUGCUUGUCAACUUUUAAGAAAUAAAUUGUAAAGAACAUUUUUAAACACUUUAUGAUUUAGCAUUACCGGACAUGGCUGAGAGUAAUUUUGAAAGUUGUUAUAGGGCUAAUUAAACCUUUUUAAGAUUUCCAGAGCCUUAGCAAGGUAUUCUGUUACAGCUUCAAUAAACAGGCAAGAAGCAGUGUAUCAUUCAGCUGUCCAACCUUCUCUAUGCACCUUGUGUUGGAAAACAAAAAUGGCAUCCCCCCAUUAGCUGCUGAUCAGGCAUACUGCAUUCAUAUGGUUUCUCUAAGGCUUACUUAGUCUCAGCUAUAUCCUGUCCUAAAUUUAUGAUAAAAGCAAAAAUGAUACUUUGCAUUAUCGUCUUUUCUAUGUAACACCGUUGGCUCAUCUAUGCAGUAGCAACAGAACAGUUUACAUGUGCACAUUUAGUUAUUACUAUGUAAAAAGCUUCUUCUACCCUUUUGUAAUAUAGUUUUGUAAGGAUUUUUUUGCAUUUUGUACUACAUUAAACUAUUUAUCACAUAAGUGUUUUAUAUAA